GGAGGGUGAGUUUAGGGAAAGACGGAGCCACCCUGUCAAUCACAAUUAAGGAACCAUGGGAGUAAACUGGUAGGGAAGCUCGGCGGAACCACUGUGUUUACGGUGAAGCUUGUUUUAAUUUGCGAAGAAACGACAACUAUGCACCGGUACACUGUGGGACAUUUAAGCUCGCCAACUGGGAAUCGCUCCACUUUGACGGGAAUUAGCAUGAGGCGGUACAUAUAACAACAAAAACUUAGCGACUUUCAAUUGCCUGUGUCUUAUUUUUUGGCCACACAGCGUUCCAGUUUGAACAAAAUACACAAGUCACCGUUGAUAUUUGUACAAAAGGCGGUGCCGCAGAGGUUUAUAUUCACUCCAAGCUCAGGAUAUUCCCGUUUAUUUGACUACAACUCGUGGAAAAUCUGGUCUGUACAUUUCAGACAACUGCCUUGUCGGUACAAGAAGACACUCCCAAAAACAAACGAAGCCAACCAGCGAUCUUCGCUUUAACUCCAGGGAGAGCAAGAAAGGAGCAGAUAUGAGUGGGGGAGAUGUGGUGUGCUCAGGGUGGCUGAGAAAGUCUCCUCCUGAAAAAAAGUUGAGACGUUACGCAUGGAAGAAGCGGUGGUUUGUUCUUCGCAGUGGCCGUCUGACAGGCGACCCAGACGUGUUGGAGUACUACAAGAAUGACCAUGCCAAGAAGCCCAUCCGCGUGAUUGAUCUCAACUUGUGUGAGCAGGUGGACGCUGGGCUGACGUUCAAUAAGAAGGACUUGGAGCACAGCUUCAUAUUUGACAUCAAGACCAUUGACCGUGUCUUCUACCUGGUGGCUGACACCGAGGACGAGAUGAAUAAGUGGGUUCGCUGCAUCUGCGACAUCUGUGGUUUUAACCCCACUGAUGACGAGGCAGCAAAAGCUGCUCACCAGUCAGCCAUCGGAGGCCUGGUAGUGGAUACCCCCCCACAUCCAGCACUGGGUAAUAUUGUUGGUCCAGCAGCAGGAGUGCUGUCCAGUGUGCCCCCUCCAUACCAACCGGUCAGUGUGCGACACCUGGACUCUCAGUCCAGUUCAGAGGAGCCUCAGGAUUACCUGUGGCUGGCCAACUGUGAGAGUAAAAAGCCUGAACCCAACAGCUCCGUGCAGCUUCACUCUCCAUUGGAGGGAGACCAGGAGUAUUUGCUCCUGGAGGAGUGUGAGAGCAAGACUCUUCCCCCACAGGCUAGUCUAGCCCAUGCCGAGUGUUCCAAGUCUACCUCCUCAGAGACAGACCUGAAUGACAACCUCCCCUCUCACCGCACGCCUACAUCCUCCACCUCAUCAGCUAAACACACCUCGCACAAUGGCUUCUUCCCACAGCACCCGGCCCCUGCCUCUGCCUCUUCCAUCUACGACUCGCCUCCAUCACGUGGUGCCUCGCUCUCAACUGAUGGCAGCCUCUACCACCUCCCUCGCAGCUACUCCCAGGACACUGUGCUGCUCCCCAAGUCGGCCUCCUCCCCUCCAGCCCAUCUAGACAGUGGGGACACCUCUGAGCUUUAUGUCUUCAACACACCAUCACGGAAGCCCUCGAUGGAGACACAGCUGCGCAAUCUUUCCAUCAGUUAUGAUAUCCCACCUACACCUGGUGCAAACUGUACCUACCAGGUGCCCCGCACAUUGUCAUCGUCAACAGGGGUAGGAGGCUCAGAGAGCGGGGGAGAUGUAGUCCCCCCUCCGAGACCACCCAAGCCUUCGCUCAGUUCCACCUCAGGACCCCCACCACCCCCUGCUGAGCGCUCACCUACGGACACCUAUUGUGUGCCCCGGUCGGCCUCAGAGACGGAUGGGAACUACUGUGUGCCUACUAGUGCUGGGAAUAAAGCAUUACGCAGCAACACUAUUGGCACUGUGGACUGUUCACGCCUCCGUAAAGAUUUUGGAUCCCAGGACUGCUAUGACAUUCCUAGAUCAUUCCCCUCUGACAAAAGCUGCUCGUUUGACUUCAAUGAAAGCUUCAACAGCUACUUUAAAAACAAAGGAAUGAUGCCAGUGGGAAGCCAGUCCACAGAGGAAGUAGACCAGAACUAUGUACCCAUGAGCGCCAACUCCCCGUCACAUCAUCACUCAGGCAGUUUGACAGAGCCAAUGCACGAACCCAACUAUGUGCCCAUGACUCCAAGCACCAUGGAGUUCUCCUCUCUGGGAAAGCAGGUCCCCCCGCCCGCCCACAUGGGAUUCCGCUCAAGUCCCAAAACCCCUCCUCGUAGGCCAAUGCUCAGUGACUGCCAGCCCCCACCUGUGGACCGAAAUCUCAAACCUGAUCGCAAAGGUCAGAGUCCUAAAAUAAUAAGAGCAAAAGGUGUCGGUUUAGAGCGAACCGACUCUCAAACCGUAGGUGAAUUCCCAAGGGGACGACGCAAGGGAAAACCUGCUCCACUGGAGAUCAAACCACUGCCAGAAUGGGAGGAGCCCUGUACGCCUGUCCGCUCACCCGUCACACGCUCAUUUGCUCGGGAUCUCUCUAGGUUUCCAAUGCCAGCGAGACCCCCGUCAGUGCAUAGCAUGGCCUCCAGCACUGACUCCGAGGAGUGUGAAGAGAAUUAUGUAGCCAUGGUCUCUAAUAUGUCCACAGAUGAUCCAAACGUGAAGCUUGUUGCGCCCCUGACUGCGGAUGGUGGCAGCAGCCCCAUGGUGAAGCCAAAGGGAGACAAACAGGUGGAGUACCUGGAUUUGGAUCUUGACCCUGGCAAGUCGACCCCACCAAGGAAGAUGAAAAGCAAUGGAACUGGCAUGGCAGCAUCCGAUGAGCGUGUUGACUAUGUGGUUGUGGACCAGCAAAGGACACAGGCCCUUAAGAGCACCCGGGAGGCCUGGAACGAUGGCCGCCAAUCCACAGAGACGGACACCCCUUCCAAAGGACCCAAGUGACCCUGUUGUCCCAGCUACCAACCCACCCUCCAAAACCAUUGGGCCAUUUACACUAGUGUUGGUUCUGGUUUAUGCUUUGGGGCGGUCCAGCUGUCACGUUCCACCUCAAAUAGAUCCUUAGUGUGUAGGGGCCAGUGGAGCUUCAUAGCCACUCAACUGUCUAUAGUUUACACUGCUGUCAAGCCGAGAACAGCACUGUGUGUACAGUUGUAGGAAGAGGUGCGGGCCAGGAAUAAGCUGUACGCAGAAUGAAAGCGGGUGGAAGGAUUGGACUUGUCCUCGGGGUUUGACUUAAGCAGACUCAUGAACUUUGAACAUUCACUGCCUACUAUAUUGGAUUUGUUUUUUUGUUCUGUUGUUCACGUUUCAAUGGCCGAUGGGUCGAUCCAGAGUUAACAUUUCCUUAAAUUAUAAUGCUGUUUGAUGUUGUUUUGGAAUGUACGUGAAAUCACUUGAUAACAUGAUCACAGUGAAGUGUCCAUAGGCACUGUUGACAGGUCGGUUUUACUAUUCCUUCACUCGGUCAGAGUGGAUGGCUGAAACUGUAACUGUGUCUGAGGCCACUUCAAACCAGAUCCCUGAGAUAACCCAGUACGACAGAAUUUUAGAGUUUUAUUAAUUUUUUCUUUCAGUGCAAAGGCAGUUGAACCCGUUCAUUCGACAUGUAAACAAGUGCUCAAUUUAAGCUUUGGAUUCACUCAAGGUUUAAUCCACUGAACAUGAUUUGAUUUCCAUUUACUUUGUAAGUGGAGAUGCUUCAAUCUGUUAUAAUGGAAGUGCAAAGACUGUACAAAAGUGUUAUGUAUAUAAACAGGAAAAGUGUCCUUUAUUUGUAUGGAAUAUCCAGUGUGUUUGGCUCGAAGGUAUGUGGAUUCUGCAGGGUAGAAUCCUGUGCCUGUCUUAGGUGGUAUCAGGACUUGUGAUUAAAGAAUGAAUUACUGUGAGUUUUUAGAACGUGACAGGUUUUCUAUAAGUUAUGCAAAGGUAUCAAACUUAGGCUACAGAGAGAAAAUCAGGUACUCUUUAAAUGCAAACUAAUACAACUAUCCACUUCUAAUUUAUUUCUCAAGUUAUUUCAUCAGGUGGAUGUCGUGUCCCCUUUCAGCUUUCAGCUCAGUAUUCUUGAUUCAUAUGGAGGAACAUUUUUGCUAAACUGUUAAAAUGCUUAAUUUGACAUGCGCUGGUCAAUUAGUUUCACAAGUUCAUUGAUAUUCCUCAUUUCUCUCUCCUCUUAGGUUUAAUUUAUUUCAAAUUGAACUGGCAUACAGUUUCGGGAAAUUGACUGCCUCAUGUAGUCAACUAGAUACAUCUUUUAUAGGCAGUGAAAAAUCUUUGUCUGCAUAGAUCUGUGCUUUACUAACCUGUGAACUCUCAGUCAGAAGUCCCAAGCAUGUGCUGCCACAAGAUAAAAUCAUUGCUGUACAUAUUUUGCCAUCAGUUAGAUUAAUAUGUAUCAUCUGAAAAAUGUGCCUACUAAGUCAUCUACAUUCUACUUCACUCUUUCCUUAUUGCAGUCUCUUUGUGAUAUGGACUGCAAAGCUGAUGACGCUUUAUCUUUUUUAAUGACAGAAAAUGUAAAUUUUAAAAGUGGACUAAAUAAAAUCAAACCUCUUA